CCCGGAACCGGAACCUGAGCGUGCCGGAAGUCGCUCUCGCUAUCCGAGCGACGAAAGUGCUCCUGGGGCCGGUCUCGGCGCUGCCCUCCCUCGACUUCCGGCUCUCUAGCGCAGCGGAGGGGUUUGGGCGCCGCACCGCCGGAAGCGCCGAGCAGGGCGGGCGAUGUGGGCGCUGCGUGCGGCCGGGCGCGCGGCGCGGGACGGGGCCCGGCGGAGCCUCCCUGGCCGGGGGCAGUCUACCGGGGGCCUCCUCCUUCCGCAGCGGGCAGUGCCGCGGCGCUGGGCCUCCAGCCUGCCCCUGAACACGGUGGUGCUCUUCGUGCCGCAGCAGGAGGCCUGGGUGGUGGAGCGCAUGGGCCGCUUCCACCGCAUCCUGGAGCCGGGACUGAACUUCCUCAUCCCACUUCUGGAUCGCAUCCGCUAUGUGCAGAGCCUCAAAGAAAUUGUCAUCAAUGUGCCGGAGCAGUCGGCUGUUACUCUGGACAACGUGACCCUCCAGAUAGACGGCGUCCUCUACUUACGCAUCAUGGACCCUUACAAGGCCAGUUACGGAGUGGAAGACCCGGAGUACGCAGUGACUCAGCUUGCCCAGACCACCAUGCGCUCCGAACUGGGCAAGCUCUCCCUUGACAAAGUGUUCCGGGAGCGGGAAUCCCUCAAUGCCAGCAUUGUGGAUGCCAUCAACCAGGCCUCUGACUAUUGGGGCAUCCGGUGCCUGCGGUAUGAGAUCAAGGACAUCCACGUGCCGCCCCGUGUGAAGGAGUCCAUGCAGAUGCAGGUGGAAGCUGAGCGGCGCAAGCGGGCGACUGUGCUGGAGUCGGAAGGGACCCGAGAAUCAGCCAUCAACGUGGCCGAGGGGCAGAAGCAGUCUCAGAUCCUGGCCUCUGAAGGGCAGAAAGCAGAGCAGAUCAACAAAGCCGCUGGGGAGGCAAAUGCCCUGCUGGUCAAGGCUCAGGCCAAAGCAGAGGCCAUCCGGCUCCUGGCAACUGCACUGGCCCAGCAGAAUGGCGAUGCAGCCGCUUCCUUGUCCGUGGCUGAGCAGUACGUGACCGCCUUCUCCAAGCUGGCGAAAGAGGGCAACACGCUCCUGCUGCCCUCCAACACGGGUGAUGUGACCAGCAUGGUGGCCCAGGCAAUGGGCAUCUAUGCUACUCUGAUCAAGCCCCAGGCAGCGAAGGGUGAGGAGACCACAGCCCCUCCUGCCCUCCAGCCACAGCAGCCCUCCAGCAUAGAGUACGCGGAAUCCAACCAGCCACCUGCCAGCUAACAGAGGAGCCUGCGGGGACCAAAGGAAACCCCUCCACUGGUGCCUGUAGCCCCCUGUUCAGAUCCCUCCCUCAUCCCAGUUUAUUUUUUAAUUUGGAUUUAAUCAUGUAAUAAAAGGAAAUGGCCUCA